UGUGUAUAGUGAAAGAAUGAAACAACCCUUCCUUUUGUACUUUGUUGUUUCUAAACUUCCUUCUUAUACUCAUUCCAUUAUACUGUGCAGUACCUUCUUCUCUUUCUGGGAGUGGUGAGCAGAGUGAGAAGCCAAAGUGGAAGAGGAGAAAAGGGUUUGUGUUGUGAGUGAUGAGAGUGUAAGAUAAAACUCAGAAGGGGAUACAACCACAGCACAUGGAAGAAGCAGAAAAGGAGUUAGAGAGAAGGAGCAAGUUUCUGAGCAGUUUGAUACAGAAGAAGAAGUCCAUAGAGCAGCAUGAGGAUCUCAAGGUUCAUGUCAGAGCUUGUGACAUGCCUCUCCCUUUGCAGAACCACGCCUUCCAUUAUGCACGUCUCCACUUGGAAUCUCUGCUACCUGGCACCAAACUUGACAGCAAACUCCUUGCACUUUCCCUUAAAAAGGAAUUUGAUUCUUCAUAUGGUCCAGCUUGGCACUGCAUUGUGGGUACUAGCUUUGGGUCCUAUGUUACUCAUUCUCUUGGUGGAUUUUUAUACUUUUCCAUUGAUAAGGUUUAUAUCCUUCUCUUCAAGACAGCUGUUGAACCAUUGGAGCAUUGACAACUUCCACAAUUAUGAGCCAUGCUUCUUUGGGAUGAUGUAUUUUAAAAUUUUAAACCGGCUGAUAUGUAAAAUUAAGUGAAACAUUUAAAUACUGUAUUUUGUGAUGUAACUGAUGCACUUUUCAACAAGAAAGAGAGUAUUCUUGGAUGCAA